AUGUUAUUACACUACGUCUUACUGGCUCUUGUGUUAUCGCCCUUCAGAGCCUCUGCAUUUUAUUUCUAUGGUUAUGGUGGAGACCGGAAAUGUUUCCUAAAGGAAUUAUCCAAGGACACCCUUUUAAAAGGCUCUUAUAACUUGGGAGUUCAUGAUGAAAAGUUGGAGGACUAUGCUCUUCCCAGUCAAAGUGAUUACGGCAUAGUUAUAGAUGUGGAAGAGGUGUUUGAUAAUAACCAUAGAGUGGUCCAUCAACAGAGUUCUCCUUCAGGUGACUUCACGUUCCUGGCAUUAGAAUCUGGGGAAUACAAAAUCUGUCUUCAAUCCCAAGUAAAGAAUUGGAUAGGUAAAACCAAAACAAAACUGGAAGUUGAAUUUGAAAUCGGUUUUGAAGCCAUGUUGGAUUCAAAAAGGAAAGAUACUAUAGAAACUUUACACGAGAAAGUCAAUAUAUUAAAUUCGAAAAUCAUGGAAAUUAGAAGGGAACAGCAAUUGGUGAGAGAACGAGAAGAAUCCUUCAGAGAUAUAUCCGAAUCUGUAAACUCUCGCGCAAUGUGGUGGAUCGUGAUUCAAGUCAUUAUCCUGAUCUCAAUUUGUGUAUGGCAAAUGAAAAGCUUACGUUCAUUUUUUGUCAAGCAAAAAGUCUUGUAA